AUGGCGCCACAAAACGUGAAAAGGUGCUGGUAACUGCAUAUCUAUGCGGAAAAAAUAGUGCCAAAUGUCCAGGACGUUCCAGUUGUAGAUUGGUGGGGAUUAGUACAUGAAUAUAGAACAGUAUUGCCUUUGUGUUGUCGUUAGAAAGUAUAAAAAUGGACUCACCGCUUCAAGACACGUCUUCCGACCUUUUUCGAUGGCGUCGGGUAAGUAGUUCUUACAUGAGGUAUCGAUAGGGCCUUACUUGUAAUCCGCUGACAGUACGAGCUGUCCAUACGGAAAUGCCCGUAUGUGUUGGUGAGGUCGCCAUCUUGGAGAAUUUAGUAAAGUGGUGUUAUUCAAAAACAAGGAUCGUUUUUACGUUCUGGAAACGUCCUCUGUAGAAAAAAGUCCGAAGGUUAGUAGAGAUCAUAGUCGACUGUUUGCAUACCUAAUAUAGUUAAUGUCUUGAUUUUCUAAGGUUGUGCAUUGAAGCUAAGGUAACCUUAGCUUACAUAACUUGCAAAUUUGAUCUUGAUAUUUGUAUGUUUGUGGAUCAGUCUGGAUUGUUUUGGAAUUUUGUAGGUUUUGCACAAUGUGGAGGGUGACUUUGUCAAAGGCGGCUCGAGUUCAGUCCCUUAAGGGCUUAGCACCUUCUUUUCAAGUUGCAGGUGAGACUAACACAUGCUGCUUAGCCAUGAAAUUAAAAGAAGCUGAUCAUGUUAGCUAAUAAAAUGAGCAGGGCCUUGAUAUUUUGCCGUCAUGUUAUCAUUAUGGAUCUCCUUAUUAGACUGACUGGGCUGUUAGAGUUUCAUAAUGUGCCUAUCAGAAAUAGAAGAUUCGAAAUGUCUACUAUACCACACAAGGAAUGAAUCAACAUGUGCACAUAUUAAUUUGGGAAACCUGUCGUUUCAUACCUUAGUCAAUAGUAACCGGUCAAGUCGGCUGAAAGUCAUCUUGACUAAGUGACUUUCAGGCAACCUGACCGUAAACCGAGUCAAUUUGUACCCAUACGGUUUGUACCCACAUUAACAGAGUGAAUACAACUCAAUAAUAAAAACACACUUCACAUGAAGUAUACCUUGUUCUUUAAGCCAUGAGGGUAAAAUAGUACACUAUGAAUUUAAUAUACUUCAUUCUUUAAGCCACAAAACAGAUGCCACACAUGUGACACUGGGUAUGAAUCGACUGGGUAUGAAUUAAUGACUUGUAAAGCAUCGCUAAUACCCACACAUUGUAAAUGCCUGGGUCCAAUAAGUGUUAUACAGGCAUGUACUUUUACCAACUUAUGAGUAUUCUUCUUAUUUUCAGCUCAACAUUAUGCGACUGCAGCUCCAGCACCAGAGAAGAUUGAAGUGUUUGUCGAUGACAAAAGCCUGUUGGUUGAUCCAGGAAUGACAGUGCUACAGGUCAGUAAUACAGGGAUGUUGAAUAACAGCCAGCUUUUGGCUAAUUUCACUGGCCAAAAUAGAGCUUUCCACCGGCUCAAAUUGUUCUGGAAAACUAAAAUAUGGGGAAAUUUUGAAGAUGCUAUUGAGUAAAUAAGCUUGACUUAUGAAAUAUGGUUAUGUUGUAGUUAAUUUUUUAUCCCAGUCAAUUUUUAUUUUUCCAUUGUUUUGGGGUAUGGUAAUGUAUGCUAAUGAAUUUUAAACAAAGGAAAAACAAAAAUUAACUAGGAUAAAAAAUUAACUGCAACAGUUACAUGUAGCUUUUCCUUCACUACACGAUGUACAUCCCUGGGCUUAAGUUUUCAGUGACUUGAAGAAUCUGGGAAUAGGAACAGAAAAUGAAAAGUAAAGAAAUAAGACAGACCUUUAUUGAUGAUCAGGCAAUGUGUUAAAUCAGGUUUAUUACAAAGAGAGUGUAUAAACAGAAUGAUAUUUUGAUAACAAAAUAUUGUAUAGCUUGACACAAACAGGGCUCAAAGUUAGCGACUAACUGGUCGCAUAUGCGACUGGAUUUUUGGUUGUGCGCCAAAAAAUUCAUGUGUAAUCGCACCUGUGCGCCUUAAAACCCAAAGCACAGUGCGACUGACUUACUUCCAACUAUACUUACGAACUCGAACUAGAAAGAUGGUGUAUGUUUAAUUGGUCUUUUCUCCCAAUGGAUUCUACGAACUUGAAUAUUCUUUUUCGUUUCGAUGUUUUACUCCAUCCCAGACUCUUCUGUUUUGUAAUAAACACCGCUGAUACAUGCAAAUAUAUGCUACGAACGAAACACGUACUUUUUGUGCAAUGGACGAUCAUGUCGAACGUUCAGUUUUAACGUCAAUCAAAACAAAAACAGUGCAGAUUAAGAGCCUUUUUUUCCAGGUAAGAAAGUUUUUAAAGUCGUAUUCCAGUUACAUGUAAGACAUUGUGCAUUUGACAAAUUCAUUAAAGAUUAAUUUUCAUUCUCGUUCGACACACUCAUUGUUGUCAGUUUUGAAUUGUUUUUCAAGUGUAAGUUUUCUUUAAUCACAACUGUACUGUCAAAAAGAGAAAAUAGUAUUAAAUAUCACAAUGGUAUCACUGCGUAGCAAAUCGGCUGUGUUUUAUCAAUCACAGGACUUAACUAAAAGUAACAAACUGAAGGUGACAAAUAAACGUGGCACUGUUAAGCUUUUUACUUUUUCUUUUGAAAUAGAUGCUCCCAACAUUAUAAGCUGUGCUCCUAAAAUUUUCAGCUGUGCACCUAAAAUUUCGGCAGUGCGCCUAAAAAUUUACGUCUGGUAGCACAAGUGCUCCCCAACUCAAAUUUAAACUUUGAGCCCUGACAAAGGAGAUAACUUACUGAUAACUAAUAACAUCAGGGACCUUUAAUUGUUAGGGAAGGGCUGGUGACUUCUGAUUAACUGCAAAUUAUCCUUACAACUUAGACGUGCUUGCAAAUCAAAGGGAGUGAUUGACAUAAGAGGAGGAGUCAGUUAGGGUGCUGAACAAUACAUGCACAUGAAUUCGAAGAAUACACCCACAGCAGAUGCUCUUUCAGGAAAAAAACUUGGUUUUUAGCCCAUGUUGUUUCUCAGUCAUUAUCUUCUCUGAUUUGUUGUUGUUUAGGCUUGUGCCAUGGCUGGUGUUGAAAUUCCAAGAUUCUGUUAUCAUGACAGACUCUCUAUUGCUGGAAACUGCCGCAUGUGUCUUGUAGAAGUGGAGAGAUCUCUCAAGGUUGGGCUCAUAUUCUUUUGUCAUCGUCUGUUGCAAUGAUGAUAGCAGAGCAAUUCAUUUGAAUUUCAGUUAAAUUUAUCAAUAAUAAUAUUACCCGUAUUCACUCAUAGAAAGUCUUAUUGACUUACAUAAUUAAAAUAUUGGAUAGAGUUACAAUGCAUAGAGUCUUAACAUGUAUUUAUUGCAAGCAAUAAACAUGAAUUUCUACUUGCUAACAAAAAAAGAAUAGUAAUAGUUUACACACUAGGAAAAUAGCAGAUAAAAAUUGUCCAAAAAACCGGUACUUAUACUUGUGUACACAUAUCGGUAAUGAACUAUAAAAUGACAAAGAAAAACUUUCCUCACAUACAUGUUUUUCAAAAUUUGUUUACAGUAAACAUGAUUUUAAUUUUAGAUGUUAUUUGGUGCCUUUGUUAGCCAGGUUUUUAGUAAACCUGAGAAAAAUUUUGGGUUUUGAACACACAUGGCCUCUGCAUUAGCACUGCAGUGCUCUACCAUUUGAGCUAUGAACUGGAUUUUCAUUAAGAAUUCUAGUAACAGGAAAAAGGUGUAAAAUUACAGGAGAAUAUUUGAAAGAGGCUCCAAGUCUGAAUAAAUAAUUGUCAUAGGAUACGGAACGUUAGUCAGAGAAUUCUGCAUAGUAAACGUAGAAUUCUCCAAUCUCCAAUGCCUAAUAAACCCAUACAUUGGGAGCAGGCCAAUUUGUUGAGUUCAUAUUAACCCAUAGAAGGAAUGAAAGUAUCAAUACCCAUACAGUAUGAGUCUUCAUAGCUAAAAUGGUAGAGCACUGCAGCGCUAAUGCAGAGGCCACGUGUUUGAAUCCUGUGGAAGUCACAAAAUUUUUUCAGGUUUACUUGCAAUUGCUUAAAUUGCAAUUACCACUGCGACAAUCAUAUCUUUAUUUAAAAUUUGUAUUUCUGCAGUUCACAUCGUCAGUUUUUCAGUCUGUCAAAUUAACUUACUGUUUUCAUUUCAUUGCUGUAGCCUGUUGCAUCUUGUGCAAUGCCUGUUAUGAAAGGGAUGAAGAUCAAAACAGACUCACCAAUGACAAGAAAAGCUCGGUAAUCCUACAGUGCUCAGUAUUUAUAUUGUUCAUGUAAUCUCAUGAGCUUCUACAUGUAUUAUAGAAAAAUAAGGGGUUUUUUAAUAUUCUUUUAACCCAUUUGCCCCCAUAAACACCUGUACGGAUCCACGUCCCUUCUACUGCUUGUGGCAUCAUCAGUUUUAAUGGUCAAUGACAACCUUUUUCUGCUAACUUGUGCAGAAUGAAGAGAUCUUUCAAACCAUAACAGAAUGAGCAUGAUUUAGUCAAGGACACCAGGCAAAAAGGCAAAAAAACAAUGUAACAAUGACCUGAAAAUUUCUAGGAAAAUCUUGUUCCACUACCCACCUACCUUUCCUUUCAUCUAAUCCCGAAGAUCCUAAAAGCUUUCCCAAAAAUGAUUCCUGCUAAAUGCCAAGGAAAAGAAAAAAAAUGAGGCAAGAAAAGCGAAAAAAGAGGGAAAGAGAGAAAGUGAAAAGUAAUACCCAAGACUGCUGUGUCACUUUUAAACCCCAAAACUAUCACAAAAUUUUGCUUUCUGCACAUGCCCAAACUUUGCAAGCCAAUAUUUUGCAUCUGGAUCAGAAGGUCGCAAAGUGUACAACCUGUAAAUAGCUUUAUGGUAGUUUUAGCUCUUUAUAGCAUAAUAGUGACCAGAAAACUGCUUGACUAGCUUCAAAACGUAUUUUUGGGCAAAAUUUCUGGAGUGAAUGGGUAAAUCUUGUGCAACUCAAGGUCAAACAUCAGGGGUGUGCUCUAAGAACAAUAAUCGACGGGGCCCAAAUGCUCUUAACAUACAGUUUGUAUGAUUUCCUGCUGCAUAUAUCAAAAUCCAAUAGGGGCUGCUGGUGUAUGGCCCUAAACUCUACACUGCUUUAGUAAGCUUCUAUUUCUGAAGGUCUUCUUAGAAUGGCCAUUUUAUGUUAAUUAACAACUGCAUCGCUAAAAUGGAGUUUGGGUGCCUGGAGUAUCCAGGGGCUUCCACUAUUGGCAGCCAGCCCACAGAUUUAAAUAAUGCCCCCAUAACUGGCACAACGGCACAACCCAGCCAUGAGCCCCCACAUGAAAGGAAAGGAACAGGCACCCGUCACACUGAAAAACAUCAGUGGAGAAAAAACUAACAAAGCCUAGGGGGAGGGGGGAAGGGGAAGAAAAUGGCUGACAGAACCUAGCCCAAAGGAAAACUGAAACGUGCCAAUGAAUCACAUGAUCGAUGUAGCAAGCUACUGGGCAUGUGCAUGCCAAAGACCGCUGACCUCAGGCACUUAGGGCACUCUUAGCUGUUAACUCCUUUAAAUUGCAUUUAAAUGCAUCUAGCAACUUAACUGAAGAUUGAACUUGAUCAGUUGUGUUGACUAUAGCCAGUAUGCUCCUUCCUUGCUGAUCUGGCCAGAGUUUGGGUUUAAACGUGAAAAAUCUGGCCCAUGAGAAGGGCACUCUACCAACAGAGCUACAUGUAAAGAGUGACAUGUGUACUGUUACUGUAGCUCAGUUGGUUUGGUAUGUGUAAAACUGGAACAUCUUGGGCAGACAAAUCAGUCUAACAUUAACAUUCUACAUGGGUUUGUAGCUGCAGUUGGCUUUAGAGCGAUGUAGAGACAUGAGGAUUCUAAAAUAUUUCUCCAAUCCAUGUUGUUUCCACCAGGGAGGGAGUGAUGGAAUUUCUGUUGGUAAAUCAUCCAUUGGACUGCCCCAUAUGUGAUCAGGGUGGAGAGUGUGACUUGCAGGACCAAUCAAUGGCAUUUGGUAGUGACAGAAGCAGAUUUGUAGACAACAGAUUUUCAGGGAAAAGGUACCAUAACACCAUGAGUUACCACACUAUACUCUAUGUAAAAGCACUUACCUUCACAACUGAUUAUUGAUGAUUGUUUUUGUGCUUUCAAAGGGCUGUGGAAGAUAAGAAUGUUGGACCACUGGUAAAGACCAUCAUGACUCGCUGCAUUCACUGCACAAGAUGCAUCAGGUUAGAUUAUUAAAGAGGGAUUUGAGAACAAAAUAAUAACGUAAUUUAACAAUAAAAAAAUGUAUUUCUUAUUUAAAUUUAAAUAUAAAAUUCUAUUUUGGCUGCUAUGUUUCAUUCCUUUCAUGGAUUAAGAUGAACUCAACUUGUUGGCCUGCCCACAAUGUCUGGGUCUUCUUAGCUCAGCUGGUAGAGCACUGCAAUGUUGAUGCAGAGGCCAUGGGUUUGAAUCCCAUCAAAGCCCCAAAAUUUUGUGGGGGUUAAUUUGCGUUUAAUUGUCAAGGGUUUCAAUAAGCACCGACGACCGACGGAACGCGUUGGCUACGUUGCUCAGAGAAGUUUACCUCUUUUUUCUCCGAAGAAGAAGCAACUAGUUUGAAUAAUGUUAUGGACAAAAAUAUAAUUUGUUCAUGCGGAAAUGUGUGUUACUUAGUAUAAUUAUCAUUAAUUUGUUCAUUGCUUGCAAGAGUUAAUUGUGUGGCUAAUAAAUCAAAAUUUGACUAAAACCCAAAUCUUCUUGAAUGGAAAACUCGCUCUUUUGUACUCAGUUUAGUCCCCUAAACUCUGUAAAUCGCUUUUUAGGGCUUUGCAAUUUUAAAAUUUUCUGGGGAAGCAUGACCCCAGACACCCCUUGAAAAUGUGGACUGUUGAUACAGUCGGUUACUCUAUUGAAAACUGCUGCCUACUUCAAUUUUUAUUGAAACCCCUGAAUUGCUAUUACAACUUGCUAUUACAAAGUAACGUAUUAUGUUCUAAACCUGAGGGUGGUUUUCCACUGUCACGUAAUUUUUACUUGUCUCCGCACCUUAAAUUUCUGUGCGUAAAUAAAACAGGCAAUGUGUGAAGGGGGUAAAAGUUGAGCAAGGUUCAACUUUUACGUUUACACAUGACUUUCCAUACUUUGCCUCUUUUUUAUUUACUCAUUUAUAAUUUACAUGUAGAUGCGUAUGCACAUGAAAAUAAGGUGACAGUGGAAAUCGACCUUUUGGCAAAUAAAUUGUAAUGAUGUCUUGAACUAAUCAGCAGCCUUAAAUCUCUGUAACUAUGGUACAUGUACAUGACCUUGAACAUUUCAUUACUAACGCUGUUAGGUUUGCCAGUGAGAUAGCUGGUGUAGAUGAUCUGGGUACAACUGGUAGAGGAAAUGACAUGCAAGUGGGGACAUAUGUGGAGAAAAUGUUUAAAUCAGAACUGUCUGGAAAUGUUGUUGGUAUGUAAACAUAUUGAGUGGUAUUCGGGCUAAUGGACAAUUUUAAAAGCCCAUCAACCAGUUGCAUACAUGUAUAACCUAACAUCAGAUGUAACUAGUACAGUAGAACCUCAAUAUAACAAACCGCUAUAUAACGAAAUCCUCGGUAUAACGAGCGAUUUUCUUUAACCCAUUGAUAGUAAAGUAUGUGUAAAAGGACCUCGUUAUAGCAAGCACAUUUUUCCAGUCCCUUGGCCCCUCAUUAUAUCAAGGUUCCACUGUAACAUCUUGGAUUAAAAUAGUAAUUUAAUGGGCUGAACACCAGGCAUUAAUGCAUGUAGUUACUGACCAUUCUAGGUAACAAUAUUAUCCAUUCUUAGAUUAAACCAAAAAUAAUUUCUUUUUUUUUAUGUUGAUAUUAAUUUUUAUAUUAGGGCUAUGAAACAAGGAAAUUCUGCAUCAAACUAUGUUGAAUACUGAUGUAACGUGAGAACAGACUGAUUUUACCUGCGACAGUUAUGUCCAAUGUGAAGAUUAAUUUAAUAUAAAUGUACAACUGUCCCCAGAGCUGUUGGAGGUUAUUUUUGUUAAAGUGCUUAUGAGUUGUAUUUUCUGUCCUCAGAUCUUUGUCCAGUUGGUGCAUUAACAUCAAAGCCUUAUGCAUUUACUGCCAGACCAUGGGAACUAAGGUAUGUAUUAUUAAAACAUGGAUUGUAGCUGAAGUCAUUACCCUUCACACAUGUUUUUCAAUGUUUGUGUACAUUCAUGCUCAUUUCCGCUUUGUUCUGAUUGGUGGAAAUCUGACAGCUCAGUCGAUGGGAAGCCACACAGGAAUUGGAGGUGGAAUGCAAAUUCCAGAGAUCUAGUGGCAAGCUCUCCUUCUUUUUCCUGCCCCGCUGCAGGAGCGUCCCGGAGAGCUUGCUCGCAGGCUAGUGGUUUUAGGCUUGGUAAAUGGGUACAGCAAUAAUUUAUUUUAUGUGGCAGUUUCAAUAAUUUUCCGCAAGAUCUAUUUAUUUUCUAUGUGUUUUCCUAAGAAAAUCAGAGCUUAAACCCAGCCUUGUAUCAUCAGACUUAAAGAAUUAUCAGUAGUAGGUUUUGAAUGUGUUUUCAAUCCUCUGGUUUUCUAAAUUAAUAGAUAUUUAAGCUCAGCAUUCUGUUGCUGGUUGAAUAUUACUGUAAAUUACCUAUUAAACAGGAAAACAGAUUCAGUUGAUGUUAUGGAUGCUGUUGGAAGCAAUAUUGUUGUAAAUACAAGAUGUGGUGAAGUUAUGAGAGUCCUACCCAGAAUGAAUGAGGUUUGUCAGUGUGCAUUAUUUUAUACUCUGUACUUUAGUGUGUAAAGCACCAUCACACCUUCAAUGAAGAAAAAUUUUCAUAACAGUUAUUUUUAUGAAAAUGUUUCUAUUGGGUUCUUUUGUGUUAUCAAAUAUUUGCAAAUUUAAGUUAAGAGUGCUCUGAAAAAUAGUGAUUGGCUGGUAUAGCACACAUGAUCAUGUUCCAUGUUUUCAUGGAGAAAACAUGCAAGUAUUUUCAACAACAAAGACCAGAAAAAGUCCAGAUAUACUGGUCAUUCCUGAAUGGAUCUUUUAGCCAUGAAAAAUGAAUAUUACAGUUGAGCAUUUCAUAGAAAUUUUUUUGGGAUUUUAGCCAUUUUGCUGUAGAUUCAACUGAGAAUAAUUUACAUUAAAAUAAUAACUAAAAAAUAUUCAUAUUUUUUCUCUUGUUGUACAAUCUCCAUUAGGCACGUACAUUUGUCAAGUUGUUGAAUGAACCAUCAUUUUGCUGGUGCAUUCAUUUUUUCUCUAUGAAACGCCCAUCCCCUAAACUAACGAAAACCAGUGUUGGUGCAUUAACUUCCUUGUUUUGCUUUUUUGUUGUUGUUGUUGUUUUUAACUUUGGCUACUUUUAAGAAUGAGAGUGUUAAUCCAGAAGAAAAAUAUAUUACCUCUAAUAAUUACAAAUUAGUAAUUAGUAAAAAUAAGAACAAAUUACUUUAUAACUGACAGAAUCAUUAUAAUAUUUCUUCAAAUUCGUCAACAUCCAUUCACAUCAUAAUGUUUUUAUGAAUGAAUGAAUGAAUUUUACACUGCUUCACCAUUAUUUUUUGUAAGUUUGUUUUAAUAUGCUUUUCAUCAUUUUAGAGCUAUUGCAAGGUUUAAAACUGUGUUCUUUGACAUUCAGUAAUUUAUUAUGAAGGCCUGGCGCAGAUGAGUCGUUUACUGCUUUCAUGAUUGCAUGUACACUGUACUUUUAUAUGUUGUACUUAAUUUUUUAUUUCGGUUAAUGUGUUAGUGUGCUAAUGAAUUUAAAACAAAGAAAAAACCAAAAUUAACUGAAUUUAAAAAAAUAACUGCAACAUAUACUUCCUGUACUUGUUUGUAGCUGAAACCAAAAAAAUCUUUUUGCCAUUUUAGGAUAUUAAUGAGGAAUGGAUUUCUGACAAAACUAGGUAAGAGACAGGAUGGGUAUUAUUUAGACCCAAACCAAAUUUCCUUUGAUAGCCAAAAAAAGGACUACUGGUUCUAAGAGAGAAUGAGACAGGCUUUUUUUCCUCCAUAAAAAUCUAUGGUUCUUGCUCAUUUGCUUUAGCUUUGGCACAUAUGAUAGUUAUGUGACGUUCCAACCUGGCCUUAGUAUCAGCCAGAGAAAGCUGCAUAUCAGUGCAUUUACUUGUUUUGACCUGCUGGUUUACAAUGACGUGUAGCUCGAAAUAACAUUAGAAUAUUUAUAAUUAUUAUUAGAAUAAUUAUUAUUCUAAAGCCAUACUUGUACUUAAAGUCCAAUCUAAAGGUUGCUGGCUGUAACCUCUUAGUUUUAACUCAUCAGAAAUCUGCAAAGGUGGCUUAAUGUGAAACAUGCUUAAUUGCACUAUGAAUCUCAGCAACUUGAUCUCUGUUUAGUCUUCUGGCCCUUACUCUCACCUGGGCUUCCCCUGCAGAAAUCGAUAGAGCAGGCCAGCAUUCUUUCGAGUUAAACGUAACCUAAAUUAUGCUUAGGCACAUUUAAAAAAAAAACAAUUUUUUGUGAUAUUAGAUAAUGAUAGUUUUACACUAGAGAUUCAGAAAAGUAUUGUAUUUUUUACUUUACUUAAAAUUGUUUUUUUGUAUCAGAUAUUCCUAUGAUGGCCUGAAGCGUCAGCGCCUGACCAAACCAAUGAUGAAAGAUGAAUCAGGCAACCUCACACCCUGUACAUGGGAGGAAGCACUGGUUGAAGUGGCUCAGAAAAUGACCCAUCUCAGUGGUAAUGAAAUAGCAGCAGUCGCUGGUGGGUUUGCAGAUGCAGAGGCUCUUGUAGCUCUGAAAGAUCUGCUGAAUAGUUAUGACAGUGAAGGAUUGUACACAGAAGAGGGAUUUCCAUCUGAUGGCUCGGGGUAGGUAACAAAGCCUGAGAAAACAGCCCACAUUUCGCGAUGCUCAGCUACCACUAGUUUCACUGCAAAAUGACAUCUGAGAAACAAUUAGAGUGUACAGCAAUAAUUGCAUGCUGUUGACGUGUGUCUACCCUGGCUGAUCUGGGUAGUACUUCUCAUGGAUUGUGUUUCUGUACUUCAUAAUGCAGGAACUAGAAUCCAUACUAAUCCAAAUUAGAGGGAAAUGUAAACUAUUGACUAAACCCCUUCCCUCUUCUUUCCACCCAUCAACAAUAUAUAUCAUUUGCCCCUUUAAAACCACUUCUUUGCAAACUUAGUUUCUGAAAGCAACCAAACAAAUUAAUGGUUGUCACACCUGUUUUUAUUCCUUUGUGUGUGUAAUGGGCCAUACAUUGUAUUUCUUUUUCAGAACUGAUUUUAGAUCCAGUUAUAUCAUGAAUACCACUAUCGCAGGAAUUGAGGUAGCGUCUCUUUUUCUUGCUGAAUGUGGUACUAGAGUUGUAUUAUCUUUCAUGACUGAUUAUACUUUGAUUGUUCCACUAUAAACAAAGAAUGUACAUGUAAUGUUUUUAUCAUAAAAGGAAUUUGCAGUUUCUUUGUCAUAAUUCUGUUUUACAUUGAAGUCAUGUCUCAUUGUUUUGCUCAUCUUUUUUUCCAGGAUGCAGAUGUACUGUUAAUAGUUGGUGCUAAUCCCAGAUAUGAAGCUCCUCUGGUGAAUGCCCGUAUCCGUAAAGGGUAAGUAAACAAUUACAUUUGUACUAAACAAAUGAAAGGUCAUCGCAGUUCAGUUAUGUAUGCAACUUAAGCAGUUGCGAAAAAAAAGGCUGAAAAAAAAAAAUCAGGUUUGAACAUGAACCCAUGACUUGUGCAGUAUUGUUGCAGUGCCCCUACUACUGAGCUCUCCCCCAUUUUUCCUCAGGGAUAGUAGAGGGAGCGAAACGCGAGCGCGCGCGAAAAUCACCCCACGCGAGAAAAGGCGACAUGCGGCGGGGAGAUCGCCUUUCUCGCGUGGGGUGAUUUUCAGACAUGAAAGUUGCGAAACGUACAAUAUAACUGCUAGGAUAUUCCACAUAUUUAAGCAUAUUAUGUGGUUAUAUCAGUAGGGUGUUGUGUGGCCGGUAAUUUCUUGCAGUGCCAAAACAAACUGGUUAAGAACUGCCGCUUUGAUCUAAGAAGAAAACACGAACCACCUUCCCGAUCAUUUCUCUGUCUUCUUCUCUUUCCUUGUAGAUGGAUGCAUAAUGACCUUCAAGUAGGACUUGUGGGCACUAAGGUCGAUCUUACCUACACUUAUGAGGUAAACCUAAGUUGUCUCUUUAUUUUUAACCGUAAACAACGGGAAACAAAAUUAACUGUUUCCCUCGGGAACAAUCUUUAAGUGAUAUGUUGUUGCUAUUUUGUCCGCUUGUUUUCUUUCCAGCAUCUUGGAGAUUCGGCCAGUGUCCUGAAAGAGAUCGUAUCUGGAAACCAUGCAUUCUCAAAGGUAUCUGUCAUAACACUGCGUUUGCAUUACCGAAUAAAAAUAGCUUUUACUAGCCUUGGCAGUGCAUUUGCUCCAAAUUAAUUCCAUCAUUUGAAUGCUCUUAGUUAGUAUUCAGCAAAUCUGUAGCCUGCAGUCCAUUCGUUUUUUUUUUCGGUGGCCGACGUGGAGAAUACUAUACUUUGCUCAUGGUUGUGGCGCUUUCUACAGGUGUUGGCAAAUGCUGAACGUCCCAUGAUACUUGUGGGAAACACUGUUCUUCAAGGACAUGACGGUGCUGCUGUUCAUCAAAUAGCCGCUGACAUGUCUCUCAAGCUGAAGAAAUCGAAGAAAGUUGAAAAGGACUGGAAGGUUCUUAAUGUGUUACACAGGGUAGGUCACCUCUACGCUUGUUUAUUUUUAUCAUUGAUUUCCUCUAUCAAAGAAUGUGACUCCUGAUAAUUAUUAUUUCUACAUUUAAAUACACUCAAUUGGCCUAUUUACGUCUAUCAUCUCGUAUAAAUCAUUGAACAUCCCAACUCCCCAAGCUAAAUCUAGGCAGCACCAGUUCCUAACAUUAUUUUGCAAAGCACAUUGUAAAACAUACGGCUUUACAGUUCAAGUGGCUACCUCCUUCUCAAGCGCUUUGUUUUUCGGCGAGCACGAAACGGGGGUUACUAGUGAUGAAGCGCAAUGAAUCAUGUGAAGAAGAAAGGAGAGAGGCCGUUUUCUCCCUCCUGUUUUCAUUUGCGUGCGCAAAUUUUCAUCGACAGGGAGACGUCUGGGUGCAAGUCAGGUUCAAGUUGCAUUUGGGUGUCGAAGUGAUGAGUGUACCUAGAUGUAUUGCAAUGUUUGAUGGCUUUUGUUGGUUAUGUUGUUGUUAGGUUGCAAGUCAAGUGGCAGCUCUGGAUCUCGGAUACAAGCCGGGAGUCGACAAAAUGGCAGAGAAACCCAAGUUGCUGUUCCUGCUUGGAGCUGUAAGUUUUCUGAUCAUGGGUGUACAUAAAGGCCUAUUAAGUAUAGAUUUCCCUCCUGAGCAAAACACACAGGGAUCCAUUACCUGCAUUGGAAUUCAUCUUUGAUGGGCUACCGUUUAAAAUCCUAUCUGGGCAUCGAUUUCUGAACGCAAACAGCGCUGAUAAAGGAGAUUGUUGGCUUUUUAGCUGUGAGUACUUUGAGCAUUUCUUCCCUCGCUCAAAAAGCUCGAAAUGUCUCACGAUAUUUUACCCUGCAGUAGUUUUUGCUUUCGCUAAUGUGUCAACGAGGCCUAGGAUGGCUGGGAAAAUUCGUUAUAAAUAGUUCUUAGUCUUCAAUUUCGUAUUUCACAAUCUGCAUUGUGAUUGGCUGCAUAGGAACUGAGCUAGUUACUUGAUUACACAGAUUUAUCGUACCUUUAGUUUUUAAACUGACAAUGCCUCAUUCCUUUCAUCUUUUUGGCAAUCAUGCAGCGCUUGGCUUAAAGGGUAGAUCAAAGUAAUCUUCCCUCGUUGAUGAAGAGUUAUGUAUUGUUAUCGACUUGAUGCGAAAGCGUUGUCAAUUAAUAAAUGGAGAUGUAUCAAAUAACUUGUCUUUGUUUUCAACAGGAUGCUGGUCUGGUGAAACGUGAAGAUCUUCCUAAGGACUGCUUUAUUGUUUAUCAAGGUAUGUACUGUAUCUUCUGGACUGUAUGAUAACCAACCUUCUUACGUGUGCGUGCGUCUUUUAACCUGAUUUAUCCUCUGUAGGUCACCAUGGCGACCAUGGAGCACACAUGGCUGACGUCAUACUUCCUGGUGCAGCGUACACAGAAAAGACAGCAACUUACGUUAACACAGAGGGGCGGGCCCAGCAGACUAGAAGGGCUGUGACGCCACCCGUGUACGCGAGAGAUGAUUGGAAGAUCAUCAGAGCAAUAUCAGAGGUGAGAAAAUACCAUAAAUUCCAUAAUGCUGUUUGUCAUCUGAUCGCCCAUUGUUUUCAGAUCUUUUUUUCCCAAGAAAAAUGAAGAGAAUGCUUACGCAAAAGGAAACAAAACAUUGUGGUAUGUUAAACGUGGUGAUCGCCCAAAUCUUUUUCUUUAUAAAAGGAACAUGUAAACGUGGUAAAACAAAUAUAUGAUCAUGUUAGAAUGAAAGAAGGAGGAACUUUCCUAAUUAACGUAAGGUAAAUUUGAAGGAUUUGUUUGUUAAUUUCUCGUUGCAUUGAUUUUGUUCACCAACAGAUUGCUGGUUAUUCCCUUCCUUACGAUAACCUGGAAGAAAUCAGGCGAAGACUUUCCGAAGUUUCUCCAAACUUGACUCGAUAUGGUGACGUGGAGGAGGCCAACUUCUUCAACUUGGCCCUGGGAUUGAUGCAGGUAAAAGCGAUUUAGAUGAAUCAAAACUUACAAAAGUUCAUCAUGAUCCUUUAUACAUUAUCUAGCUGCUUGAAAUAAUAACUUCAGCAGAUUCCGAGGCAGAGAAAAAUUUAUUUUCUUUGUUGGUUAAUUAUCAACAAACCCCAGCCCAACCUCUAUUCAGAUACACUUGCCUUGGUCCCGAGGGUGUUCCCUGAAUAAUGGUUUCACAGUAGUUACCUUUAAAAGUCUAAUAAUAAUAAUGCAUGAUAGACUGCUUCAGAGGUGAAUGGUUUUUAAAAUUCAAGACAUUUCAUCUAUGGUCACUGUCCAACCUUUUGAGUACGUAAAUCGGGAUAUUUUUUAAUAACCGACGAAUCACGUAAGCGCGGGGGGUGUGAGCCGCAAGGGGUCUGGAAGCAUGCUACCCUGGAAAAUUUCUUGUGUUCUGAGAGGGUGAUUCUUUCUAAAAUGUUCGCCAAAUUAAUCGCUAUUUUUAUGCCAUUUUUAUUUGCGUGUUUUCCCACUUCCUGUAUUCUUACAAUUGCCUUCAUUUCCGUUCAUCUCUAGAGCUCUAAAGCCCAGCUACCGAAGAACCCGCUGCAGCCCAGUAUUCUGGAGCUAAAAGAUUUCUACAUGACGGACGCCAUCAGUCGUGCUUCUCAGACCAUGGCCAAAUGCGUGAACGCAGUUAAAACUAUGAAAUAAGAGUAUCAUCUAUU